CUCGUGUCUGUCUGCCCGACGGGUAACCUAUCAAAGGCGCCGGGUGUCAAGCAUGGCGACGGUGAGCUGCCCGGCGGGCUGCUUUCCUGGGGCACAUGGCCCACGCCCACAGUAUUUAGACACCUCUUGGUCUCAGCUGUCCCCUUUCAGCUCUCAGCGCAGGGGCCACAGCUGUGACCCUAUAGUCCGCCUCCUUGUUUUCUUGUUUUGGACCAAAGUCCAGGCUCGACAAACUGGCCCCUGAAGACUGUUGUGGCUGGACGCUGACGUCUUUAUCUUUUCUGCCCUCGACGGACUGAAUCGCCAAAAUCUCUGCAGAACCACCACCUGCGUGAACCUGCUGCUGCUGCCCAACAUGUCCAACGCCAUGGCUUCCGUCGUCGGGGCUUUUGCCAACCGGAAGUUCUCAAUCAACCGUAACACUGGCGUGCCCCGGGAGCGUCGUUUCUCUCUUGGUGACCCCAGUGCCACUGAGCACAGCUCCAAGAUCCAUCGGCAGUUCCGAGCUGCUCACGAGGGCCAUUUGCCGCACGCUGGCCUGGAUCCCUCCAGGUCCUCUACUGGUGUCGUCUGGUGCACCGAGCGAGCAAGCGAAUUUGGCUACCUCGAGGAGCCAGAGCGAUGGGCCAACUUGGGUCAGGGUGCCCCUGAGGUCGAGGAUGACAUCGAGGGCUGCUUUCAGAGGCCUACCCAUAUCGACAUAACCGUUGCGAGCAGAGAAUAUGCCCCCACCGCCGGCAUCAAGCCCCUUCGCGAGGCCGUCGCCAAGAUGUACAACGAGCAUCAUCGCCAGGGGAAGCCGAGCCAGUACACGUGGGAGAACGUAGCCAUCGUUCCUGGAGGUCGUGCCGGUCUGAUCAGGAUCGCUGCCGUGCUCAAUCAGGCAUACCUUGGCUUUUUCAUCCCAGAUUACACCGCAUACAAUGAGAUGUUGUCCCUGUUCAGGAAUUUUGCUGCUAUUCCCGUGCCUUUGGACGAGGAAGACGGAUACAAUAUAUCACCAGACAAAAUCUCGCAAGAAAUUAUGCGUGGAACGGGCGUGAUCUUGACCUCGAACCCCCGGAACCCGACGGGGCGGGUUGUGCAGAACCCGGAGCUGGCGGAGAUCCAGGACAUCUGCCGCGGGCGCGCCACCUUUAUCAGCGACGAAUUCUACUCGGGAUACAAUUAUACCUCAAACUGCGACGGUUCCACCAUCUCCGCGGCCGAGAACGUCGUCGACGUCGACGAGGAUGACGUCCUCAUCAUCGACGGCCUGACCAAGCGCUUCCGCCUGCCCGGCUGGCGUGUCGCCUGGAUUCUGGGCCCCAAGGAGUUUAUCAAGGCCAUUGGCUCCUGCGGCUCCUACCUCGAUGGUGGCACCAACGCCCCCUUCCAGGAGGCCGCCGUGCCCAUGCUUGAGCCCACUCUUGUGAGGGCUGAGAUGAAAGCGUUGCAGACCCACUUCCGUGAGAAGCGCGACUACGUCGUCAAGAGGCUGCGCACCAUGGGCUUCGUCAUCAAGUACGUGCCCGACUCGACCUUCUACCUGUGGCUCAACUUGGAGGGCCUCCCCGGCCCCAUCAGCGACGGCCUCAACUUCUUCCAGGCCUGCCUGGAGGAGAGGGUCAUCGUCGUCCCGGGCAUCUUCUUCGACCUCAACCCGGCCAGGCGUCGUGACCUGUUUGACUCGCCCUGCCACCACUUCGUGCGCUUCUCGUACGGGCCCAAGAUGGAGACGCUGCAGCUCGGAUGUGACGGCAUCGAGAGGGUUGUCAACAAGUUCAAGAAAUAUGGUGACAACUGAGUCAGCUCGUGGUAUGGAUGGUAGUAGUAUGGUGAUAGAGUAUAAAUUAAAGUUACGGGCGUUUUCUGUAAGGAAAUUGGUACGUCUGAAAGGCUAUAUAAGCGGAAUCCCAUGACAUUACCUGGACAUCUGCCCCACCUGGGGUACGAAUCUGUGCCUGAAAAGAAGGCGUUGUAAAUGCGUGAUCGCCUGGAAAGCAUCAAUUGGGGUGACGUCUUUUUUCGAUUUACGAUUGGCUUGGUCACAUUAAAAUGUGCGAAUGGGUGUGCGCAAGAUGAAAUGCUAGGCGUACUUCCAACAUCUUAUACAUGAGAUCAGAGAUUAAACCCCACAAAAACCGAGGGUACACACCUAUGUACGGCUAACCAAGUAGAUACAGCUAAUGACAACUGGAGAAGCUCCAGGACGUCGAGGGGG